CCGAUUGGUUUGGAGAUUUCCAACAGAAACUACCAUUCUUUGGUAAUCAUUAUCACAUCACCGAUCAAAGCCGGAUAGAUAUUUGAUUCCAGACUCCAGUUCCCUUCUCGCAGGUAUGACCACCGUGUUAAGGAAUACAAGCUUCUUGGAGAUAGUGUAAUGGAGCGAGUUCCUUCUCCUAGAGCACUAGACAAAUUUGGGCUUAUAAAGCAGGAUGCUAGUAAUUCUCCAGAAGGUUUAUUGAAGAGUAGGUUGAAUAUUGAAUACGAGAGGGAGACAAGAAGAGUUAGAAAAUGGAGGAAGAUGAUUGGGGUUGGAGGGAGUGAUUGGAAGCAUUAUGUUAGGAGGAAACCUCAUGUGGUCAAGAGGCGUAUACGGAAAGGAAUUCCUGAUUGUUUAAGGGGCCUUGUUUGGCAACUGAUCUCUGGAAGUCGAGACCUUUUGCUUAUGAACCCAGGGGUAUAUGAGCAACUUGUUAUAUAUGAGACAUCUGCUUCAGAAUUAGAUAUAAUUCGGGAUAUAUCUCGCACCUUCCCUUCACAUGUUUUCUUCCAGCAGAGACAUGGGCCUGGGCAAAGGUCCCUCUACAAUGUUUUGAAGGCAUAUUCUGUCUUUGACCGUGAAGUUGGUUAUGUUCAGGGAAUGGGUUUUUUAGCAGGUUUUUUGCUUCUUUAUAUGAGCGAAGAGGAUGCAUUUUGGUUAUUAGUUGCAUUACUCAAAGGUGCUGUCCAUGCCCCUAUGGAAGGAUUAUAUCAGGCUGGUUUGCCUCUUGUACAACAAUACCUAUUUCAGUUUGACCACUUGGUGAGGGAGCAUUUGCCAAAGCUGGGGGAGCAUUUCAGCCAAGAAAUGAUAAAUCCUAGCAUGUAUGCUAGCCAGUGGUUUAUUACUGUAUUCUCAUACUCAUUUCCCUUCCAUUUGGCUCUACGAAUUUGGGAUGUUUUUCUCUAUGAGGGUGUCAAAAUUGUCUUCAAAGUUGGCUUGGCCCUGUUAAAAUACUGCCAUGAUGACUUGAUAAAAUUACCUUUUGAGAAACUCAUUCAUUCUCUGCGUAACUUCCCUGAGGAUGCAAUGGAUCCAGAUACAUUACUUCCAAUGGCUUACUCAAUAAAGGUAUCCAGGAGCUUGGAAGGUUCCAAAGAUGAGUACGAGAAGAAAGAUGGAAAGCAUAUUCAAUCUGCUGAAAUACUUGAGAAGCAGAAAGAACUUCAAUAGAGUUUCACUGAGAAGGAGCCAAACCGGCACCUAAACACGUACAAUGUUCCCUUCUUUUUUUGUUUUUUUGGUUGCAAUUUCAUCAUAUGAAGAAAAAUUUGCAAGCCAUUGUAAUUGUGUCAAUAGAGGGACUGCUGUUAUGGUAUCUCUCAUGUUUGGACAAGAUGAACCCCGCUCUGUAAAUUUUUCUUUUUGGCCCAACAGCUCUGUAAAUUAAUAUUAGAAAUUGAG